AUGAGCCUUGUGGAUCCGCCGUCGCUUCAGCCCGGCCGCUUCGACGACGCAGAUGUCGGAUUCGCGCCGCCGUCGUUCCCGCUGCCUGCCGUGAAGGAUCUGGACGGCUUUCAAAGCGCGGCAAUGGAGAUGGUGAAGCCGCAGCACGGCACGACGACGCUCGGGUUCGUCUUCCAGCACGGAGUCAUCAUCGCCGUCGACUCGCGCGCCACCAUGGGCCCUUAUAUCGCCUCACAGACGGUGAAGAAGGUGAUUGAAAUCAACAAGUAUCUCCUCGGCACCAUGGCGGGCGGUGCAGCGGACUGCCAGUUCUGGCAGCGCAACCUUGGCAGACAGUGUCGGCUGCACGAGUUGGAGAACGGGCGGCGCAUCAGUGUGGCGGGGGCGUCGAAGCUGCUGGCCAACACGCUCUUCUCGUACCGCGGCAUGGGGCUCUCCAUCGGCACCAUGGUGGCCGGCUGGGAUGAAACGGGCCCGAAGCUGUUCUAUGUGGACAGUGAAGGGUCUCGCUAUGAGGGCCGGCGAUUCGCAGUGGGGUCUGGAUCAACUUAUGCUUAUGGCGUGCUGGACGCAGGGUACCGGUGGGAUCUGUCAGUGGAGGAGGCGGAGGAGCUGGGGCGAAGGGCCAUUUACCAUGCCACCUUCCGUGACUCUGCCAGUGGUGGCACUGCAUCAGUGUACCAUGUGGGUCCAGAAGGCUGGACGAAGGUGUCGGGUGACGACGUAACAGAGUUACACUACAACAUCGUGGCUAGCGGCGCCAGAGAGGACCCUAUCAUUCUAGACGACGAUGACAACAUUGACGACAUUGGCGACGACAUUAACGACGGCAUGGUCGAUCGCAUCGACGAUGUUGGCGAUAGGUUUGAUGCGAAUCCGUCGUUCGCCUUUCCAUCCGCAGGUCCUCACGGGUCUGCGGCUUUCAGUGCGAGGCCGUCGGAUCUGGCGGUCAAAUGUGAACGCUUAUUUGAAUCGCAGGGAGUCGACGGCGUAGCUGAACGAAAUACGUUACAAGUCGACGAUUUCGCGAGCGGGCGAAAUUUGUCAGCAGCCGAUUGCCACCUCGGCAACCGAGCUUCAUCAGAGGACGACCCACCGCUAUUAGCACGCCACGCUGAACCUAGCGGAUUGCGUGCUCCUACCGAGCCCCUUCUCUCGGGAUUCGAUUCCCCGCCUGCGUUCCAUGCGGCUGCUACUCGCGAGGAUUCACAUGUGGAAUCCGCUGGUCGACUGGACGGCGCGGGCAACGUGGGUAGCGAGCCGGCGGGGGAGACGGGAGGGGCAGACGAGGUGGUGCGCGGGUUAGGAGGUGCGCUGGUGGAGGAGGAGUGCGGGAGCGGGGACGAGGGGGAGGAGGAGAGGCGGGUGCGGAGGGCAAACGAGGUGUGGCGGAGGGUGACGUGGGCGUGGUGGCGCGACAUUUUCUGGGUGCCAGGGGUGGAGAAGGAGGAGCCCACAGUCACAGUCCAGGAGGAUUUUCGUGUGGACUACUGCCUCAAGUGCAUUGACGGGGGGUUGCUCAUGUGCUGUGACGGGCCUGCGUGCUCCAAGGCGUGCCACGUGGAAUGUGCGGAGCCCAAGCUCUCCCACGUCCCCAAGGGCCCCUGGUACUGCCCUGACUGCCUCGAACGCCUCCGCACCUCCCGCCGCCCCUUCCCCUAUCCCCCCCUCUCCACUACAACCCCAACUGGCUGUGCUUAUACUCCUGGAAGGGAAGGGUUGGCUGGAAGUUUCGGCGGUGGGGGUGGUGAGGCGAGUUUGGAGGAUGAGGAUUGGGAUGCGGCCAGGGGGUUUAAUGAAGCGAACGAGAAGUGGUGGGCUCUGGGGGAGGUGGUGGUGGAGUCUGUGUGGCUGGACCGGGAGAAAGGGGAAGGGGGCGGUGGGGAGAUGGGGAUAGGGAUGGGAGGAGGUGGGAUGAGGGAGGGGAGUCUUGCAUGGCAGCAUGACGAGGAAAUGAGGAAAAUGAAGGGCGCGGGGGGAGAGGGAGAGGUGCGAGGGAGGAGUGGGUGGAAAGCAGUGGGGAAGGCAGGGGCGAGAGCAGGCAGCAAGGGGAAGGGGGGAGGGAAGUCGGCACAGAGGGAUGGAGGCAGGCGAAAGGGGGUAAGGGGCUGGGAUGCAGGAGCACAGACUCAUGCGGCUGCAGCAGGGACGUGUGUGGGACCCAGUGGAGAGAGCGCGGAGGCAGGGCGUGGCAGGGGGAGGGAAUAUUUGGUGAAGUGGCUGAAGCGGCCUCACGUGCACAAUGCGUGGGUGGAUGGCGAUUGGCUGCAGUCGCGGUUCCCAGGACACCUGGCAGCAUACGAGAGGCUCAAGGCGGACGCCCCGCCGUCCGGAGCUACAGUGUGUGUGCUUGGAAGAUUCGAGGUAUCCUUCUCAUUGCAAGAUGCUCUCUGUGAGUGGGUGGAGCCGGAGCGGCUGCUGGGGCGGUUCAAGGUGGAGGGGAUGGGACACGGCAAGGGUGGCGGCAAGGGGCGUGGCAGAGGGCGGCUGAGACGCGUGGCGGAUGAAUACCAGUGGCUGGUGAAGUGGAGGGGCGUGGGGUACGAGCACCUGACAUGGGAGCCGUGCAACAUGCCCUUCCUCGCCACGCCACGUGGCAUGGCGCUGCAGGCGACGCACGAGAGGGAGAGAGAGGGGUGUGAGCGCAGAGCCACAGCAGAGGCCAGGCUGGAGGUGGCGGCCGUGGAUUGGCUGAGGGCGUUGUGGCAGUGCGAUGGGGGCGCCCUGGACCGUGCGUUGAACGCUGUGUGGGAGGCUGUGGGAGAGAGCAGGCGCGGGUUGGGAUCUGACGUGGGAGCUGCUGGCGUCUGGGCGUCUGGUGGUGCUGUGAGGGAGGAGAGAGCGGAGAGAGGGUUGGGCGGGGGGGAGAAGGGCGUGGAGGAGGGGGGUAGAGGGAUGGACGAUGAGGUGGGAAGGCGUGCACUGUUGUGCAUGGUCCCUGGCAUGCUCUCAUGUGCUCCUGGCGUUGUGUCGCGCCCUCGUCACUCAGUUCAAGUGCGGGCGGAGCUGGAGGCCAUAUGGGACAGGGAGAUGCUGCCUGUUGAUGGUGCCACUGCAUGCGCUGCUGCUGGCGCUGCUGCCAGUGCGAGUGCAAGCAGACAGCCUGCCAAUGGUGCCGCUGACACGCCAGGGGCACCAGCGGAAUCAGGCAUCGUGGUGCAGCCGCAAGUGGUUGUCACCACAGCAGCGAUAUUCGUGCAUGAGGCAGGUCGGCUCUCCCAGGUGCAUUGGGAAGCUGUUCUUGUGGAACUUCCGCCACCGGUCGCCAUGUGCUCCUCCGCCCCUCGCUCUGCACGCACGCCUGCUCGUGUGUGCUUCUUCCACAGGCUCAGAGCAAUGGACUUGGGGUGCCGAGCGGGAGGGGAGGCAGUGGGCGUUGAGGAGGACGUGGGCUGUGAGGGGCAGGGCGGUGAGGGAGAUCUGGUGGCCUGCCAGCCUCACUCUCCACCAGCGCGCACUCUACAGAAUGGGCAACUGAGGGAGGCACUAGCCAGCAUGCUCGCUCAGCAGUGGGGCGGCAGUGGGGGUGCGUUCCUCCGCCUGCACUCGUCCGACUCCCCUGCUGCCUGCACCCACACGCUCUCCCAGGUGGUGAGAGGGGCACUGGCCGAGCAGGGGCGCAGUGUGGUGCGGGGAGGGCGACGGGAGGUGCUUUUUGGCAGAGGAAGAGGCCUGCGUGAUGGGAGAGGGGGUCGGGGGGCAGGAGGUGGGGGAGAGGCGGGUGGGGGAGGUGUGGGUGGGGGAGGAAUCGGUGGAGGGGGAGAGGAUGGGGGAGGAGUGAGGGGGAGAAGAAUUGGUGGGGAAGCAGCGAGGGCUGGCAGCAGGAGACACAGGGGGGGCGUGAGGGAGGGGAGACGAGGGGCAGAGGAGCGACGAGUCGGGAGAGAGGGCGGAGGAAGUGGUGGUGGCAGGAGAAGGAAUGGAAGAAGGGCGAGGGCGGUGAGAAUACGGCUGAGUGGUGGCAGGGUGGUGGGUCGGGGGAGAAUUGGUGGAGCGGGUAGGUAUAGGCGCGGGGACAGGUAUAGACUCGGGGGAAGGGAGAGGCACGGGGGAAGAGGCGAGGCAGGGAGGCGAUUUGAAAGUGGCGCAGGUGAGAUGGGUUGUGGUAGGGAUAGGCAGCAGGCCAGGAGUAGGCAGUACGGCAGGGGUAAGCAGCAUGGUAGGCGCAGGGCUGGCAGGAGAGGCGCGAUGGAGGAGGAACGAGAGUGCCAAGGUGAGGAGAGUGGGGAGAUGGAGGGGGGACGGGGAACGGGAGAGGCGAGAGAGGUGGGAGUGAGGGUGAAGCAGGAGGCGGUGGAGGAGGAGGUGGGGGUGGAGGUGAAAGAGGUGAAGGAAGAAGAGGUGGAAGGGGAGGCAGGGGAGGCAGGGGAGGAGGAGGAGGAGGAGGAGGAGGAGGAGGAGGAGGAGGAAUACUCGGUGGUGCAAGUGCCGGUGUGGAUGGAGCGUGAGGUGGAGGAGGAUGGUGAGUCGGUGGAGGGGGGUGGUGAGUCGGUGGAGGGGGGUGGUGAGUCGGUGGAGGGGGGUGGUGAGUCGGUGGAGGGGGGUGGUGCGUCAGUGGAGGGGGGCGGUGAAUCGGGGAAGGGGUUAGUAAGGGGGGAGGGCAGUGGCGAGGCGCUGAGAAGAGUGAAAGAGGAGCAGAUGGAUGAGGGGUUCACGGGGGGGACGCCAGCAGCAGUGGUGUCAGUGGGCGUGGAUCUGGAUUCCAUUGACGUGGUUAUACUCGUGGAUGACUCAGCAACUCCUUCCUUGACCACUCAGCACCUGCUCGCCUCCCUGCUCUUCUACCGAAACACCUCCACCGCUCCCAGCCCCUCUCCACAGCAGCAAGCCUGGAGCGUACCGCCUCUGACCGUGCUGCGCCUCUACUGCCCCGCCACUGAGGAGCAGCGCCUGCUGGAAAGCGCCUGGCAUGGGGCAGCGAGGGGCUUUGAGGCAUUUCAACACUCUGAAGAGCGGCGCUUGCAGCAUGGCAUGUGGCAUGACACAGGGAGGGGCCUGAGUGGAACGGUGGGGGGACGUGGUGGUUGGGUGGGAAGGAAGACUGGGUACCAGAGGAGUGAGGAGCGAGAGGAGAUUAGGGAAGAGGUGAGAGGCGUAGGGGCAGAGAGAGGUGGAGAGGUGUGUGGGGAUGGGGAGGGGUUGCAAUAUGGGGCGAGGAGAGGGGUGAAGAGGCGUGGUGGUGAAAGGGAAGGGGGGUGGGAGAGGGACGAGGAGCAAAGGGAGGAAGAGGAGGAACCGAGGGAGGGGAGGGAGGGGAGGGAAGGCAAGCAGGGGUGGAAGAGGCGAAGAGUGGAUGGUGGUGCUGGUCCCUUGGGGGAUGGAGGUGAAGAGAGACGGAGUGAAGGUGAAGAGAGACGGAGUGAAGGUGUUGCAGGGAAGGGAGAAGCGACAGGGGGUGAGGCACACAGUAGGGCUGAAAUAGGUCCGGUUGUCCCCGAGCCUGUGAAAGUUGUUUUGUCAAUGAGGGAUUUGGAGGCUGUUGCGGUGGAGGUAAGAGGGGAGAGUGAAGGAGGGGAAGAGGAGGGAAUAGAAGAGGGACGUGGGGAGGAGGGGCAGGGGAGGGCAGGGGAGGAGGAAGGGUAUGACCUUGGAGGGGAGGAGGAGCAUGGGAUUGGAGGGGAGAAGGAGGAGCGUAGGAAUAGAAGGGAGGAGAAUCAGGAUAGGAUUGGGAGGGAGGAGGAGGCGCAUAUGAUUGGAGGGGAGGAAGAGGAGCAUAGGGUGGACGGGGGAGAGCAAAGGGGUGAGGUCGGGCAGGAGGUGCAAAGCAAGGAGAUAGGGCACGAGAUGGAAAGUGAAAAGAUAGGGCAUGAGGUGGAGAGGGAGAAGAUAGGGCAUGAGGUGGAAAGUGAAAAGAUAGGGCAUGAGGUGGAGAGGGAGAAGAUAGGGCAUGAGGUGGAAAGGCAUGAGGUGGAGAGGGAGAAGAUAGGGCAUGAGGUGGAGAGGGAGAAGAUAGGGCAUGAGGUGGAGAGGGAGAAGAUAGGGCAUGAGGUGGAAUGGAGAGAAAAUAGACACGAGACGCAAGAGACAGGCAGAGGGGAAGAGGUGGCAGGGGAGGAGAGGCGAGAUGGGAUGGAAGGAGUGGUGGGAGGAAGAGGAGAGGAGGGAUUGCAAGUGUGGGAUAAUGCAGGCGAGAUGUUGGGAGUGGAGAGAGGGGCGUUAGGGAUGGCAGAAGGAGAGUCCACGGCCAUUGCAGAUGGAGGAGGGCAGGGCGGAGACAGCAGAGAUAGUAGAGACGGUAGAGAGGGUAUAGAUGGUGGAGAGGGCGAAGAGGGCAGCGAGGGUAGAGAGGGCGGAGAGGAGCGAGAGGGUGAGGCUAAUGAAGCGGAUGGCGGUUGUGCGCGGUGUAGAGGGGUGAGAACAAAUGUGAGAAGCAGUGAUGGUAGCACUUUGAUGAGCGAUGAAUGCAGCGCACGGACUAGUGGUGUGUGGCGGUGGAUUGAGAUUGUGAAGGGCGGGCUUGCUGCUGCUGUGGCUGAGGCCAGGAGGCUAGCGGGUGAGAGAGCGAGGGAGGCUGUGAGGCGAGCAGAUGAGGGAGUGACGGGGACGAGGGGAAUGACGGGGACGAGGGGAGUGACGGGGACGAGGGGAGUGACGGGGACGAGGGGAGUGACGGGGACGAGGGGAGUGGGGGAGCAAGAAGGUGGAGGCUUGGUGGGGGAUGCAUGGGGGAAAGGUGGAGCAGGAGAAGGGACGACGAGGGUGACAGGAGCAGAGGGGGAGGGAGAAGUGGGAAAUGAGGGAGAAGUGGGAAGGCAGGGCGGAAUGGGAAGGGAGAGAGGAGCGGUGGAUGGGACGCAGAGGCAAGGCAAGGGUGGCGAGGAGGGGAGUGCGGAGAUGGAGGAGGGGGAGUGGCAUGAGGAGGACAAGACCGCAGGAACUGGAACAGGCCCAUGCAUUGUCCCCUCUGGGUCUCAGUCAUCCCCGUGGGUUCCCAUCCCUCCCUCCACCUAUGUUCGCAUCCCUCCCUCGGCCCCAUGGUUUCCCGCUUCCCAGCCAGCAAGGCCCUCAUCUGCCAAGUCAGCAGGGCCCUCAUCUGCCAAGUCAGCAGGGCCCUCAUCUGCCAAGUCAGCAGGGCCCUCAUCUGCCAAGUCAGCAGGGCCCUCAUCUGCCAAGUCAGCAUGGCCCACAUCCACCCAUGCACCACACCGCCCUGACUUACCACCUGAACGCCGUUUCCCACCUGGUUUCUCACCUGAGCGUGCAUCUGGGCGCUGGCAUGGCCACCCUGGACCUGGCAGCAGUAGUCGCUCCCAGGUGAAUUCUCAGGUGAGCCUCCGUGACGACCGAGCAGGCUCGUGUGAUCUUGAUGAUCUGAGGUGGCGGGAGGAUGUGCCACGUGGCUCAGCAAAUGAAGGGAGAUGUGGUGUGGUGAGCGCUGAGGCGCAUGAGUGGGAGGAUGACGUGGCAGAUUACAUGCCAGCUGGCUCCCCGAAAGAAACGACACGUGGAAAGCUGGGAGAUGAGGCAGGCACGAAAAGGGAUGACGUGGCGAAGAAGAUGCCAGCUGGCCCAUCAAAUGCGGUGACAUGUGGAACGGAAAGCAGGGUAACACGUGGUGAAGGGAGGGAUGAGGUGGCAGGCCAGGUGCCAACAAGCAUCCCACGUGGCAGAGAGGGUCAUGAGCAGCCUCUUAGCCAGGUGGCAACAAGCAUCCCACGCACACGCACAGUCGUGUUGGGCCAGGAGGUUCAAGGGCAGCAGCAGGUGGCAGCAGGGGCGUGUGGUGGUGAUGCAGAUGGAGAGCACUCUGUG